AUGGUGCAGAAGUGAGGAUACUUGAAAUAAAUAUCAACGUAAAUUUUCGGUUUAAAUACAGUGUGGAACCUUUAAAAAUAAAUAAAAUAUAAAUCGUAAUAAAUAAAGAGUGUGACCAUGUCUUCACAGUGUAAGCCGAAACUUUCUGAUCUGCGCCUUACGGAGCUCAGAACAGAACUGGAAAAUCGUGAGCUCGACGCAGCGGGGAAAAAGGCUGAUCUAGUGGUUCGUCUGAAGAACGCAUUACAAGAAGAGGGUCAUGAUCCAGAAACCUACGUGUUUGAGGACAGGCAAACUGCUUUAAUUUCGUCAAUUUCUAAAGAGAUUUCGGCAGACAUCACAUCGUUGGAGAACAAAGUUUCCGGAGACAUUACGUCGUUGGAGAAAAAGGUUUCUAGUGAAAUCUCCCAAGUGAGACAUCCUGCAGAAAAGUUCCUGGCACCGACGCUGCAACAACGUAACCCUCGAGAGAAACUUCGCAAAAGGAUGGUCGGACCAGAAAAGGCCUUCUUCGAAUAA